CUGUCAUCGGCCAGUGACACAGACGAUGCUCCCGAGGAACCAGAAGUCCCAGUCUCGUGGAUGUCCAUGCCCAACAAGUCGCAGCUUUGCGUCAUUAUCUUCGCGCGACUGGCGGAGCCUCUCAGCGAGCGAUCUCUUACCGCCUAUCUGUUCUAUCAACUUCGCUGGUUCGACUCUUCACUGCCAGAUUCCACCAUCGCCCGGCAGGCUGGUAUCCUUACUUCGGCAUUCGCAGCUGCCCAGUGUCUGACUUCUAUGGCAUGGGGUUAUGCGGCAGAUCAUCAUCGUAUCGGUAGAAAGCAGGUCUUGAUUAUCGGUCUUCUUGGUACCUGCAUAUCUGUGCUUGGCAUCGGAUUUUCGACGUCGUACAAGUCUGCAAUCGGUUUUCGGCUUCUUGCUGGGGCUCUUAAUGGCAAUAUCGGUGUGUUAAGAACCAUGGUGUCGGAAGUGGUAGUAGACAAGAGAUACCAAUCUCGUGCCUUUCUCCUACUUCCGAUAUGCUUCAGCGUUGGUGUUAUUAUUGGCCCAAUCAUGGGAGGUUUUCUCGCCGAUCCCAUCAACUCGGUUCCCUGGCUCUUCGGACCCGACUCCUUGCUUGGAGGCAAGAAUGGUGUCGAGUGGAUGAGAAGCUACCCCUAUGCCUUGCCUAAUAUCGUCUGCGCGUCCAUUUUACUCUUUUCUCUUUCGGUUGUUGUGUUUGGCUUGGAUGAAACUCAUCCAGCCCUGAAGCACAAACGAGACUACGCCAGGAAUCUGACAGGCAUCGUUGCCUGCAAGUUCUUCAAGAAACAAAAAGGUGCAACUUAUGCCUAUGAAGCUGUAACAACAUCCCCGGACCUGGAGACUGAGACAACCCCUUUGAUCCCUCAUCGCCACGAAGCAGACGAGUCAAAUGAGGGAUCCGCCAGUCUAAAGUCUCUUCUAAAGAAAUCCGUCAUCCUCAUCCUGGCGCAGCAUUUUCUGCAGGCCAUGCACAAUUCUGCCUUCAAUGCUGGGGUUUUUAUCAUAUUUCCAGCGACUCACUCCGACAAUUCUAACGCCAGCCUACCCUUCUUUUUCAACGGAGGCUUGGGCCUCUCGACGCAGGAGAUUGGUUUUGCGAAUAGUUGCAUCGGGCUUGUCGCAAUAGCAUUCCAGAUUCUUGUAUACCCCAUCAUAAGCGCCCGGUUUGGCGUUCUGCCAUGCUAUCGAUUCGCAUUGCCCUUCAGUAUCGUCGCCUAUACUGUCAUCCCUUUCCUGGUGCUUCUACCCGAGGGAUCAGCGCUCACCUGGCCGUUUCUCAUCGUGACCAUGGCCUUUCAUAUCUUAUCGCGAUCAUUCAUAGGACCAGGGACGAUUAUUCUCGUCAACGAUUCGGCGCCGCAUUCUUCGCUUCUGGGUACCGUUCACGGGCUGGCAUCGAGUAUCGCAAGCGUGGCCCGGAUGCUCGGCCCAGUCAUCAGCGGCGCCGCUCUUGCAGCAGGUCUGAGAAACAACUGCGUUGGUGUUCCGUUUUGGGGCAUCUCGUUUUUGGCAUUCAUCAAUUGGCUAUUGCUGCUGCGGGCUAAACACGAGACUGGCGUCAAGUCCGGCCGUUGA